GAAGGGCGGGAAUGAAUGGUGCCAGGUGUGUCGUGGCCCCGCGGAGUAAACACGCCACGUCUCUCCUCGCGGCUCACUCCGUCCCUCGCCGCCGCCGCGUGCCGUGCUGCCGUUCUCCUGAAGGUCCUCCGGCAGGUGCUGACGCUAAGAGCCACGUGGGUGGACGCGUCUCGAAUGACUCCGGGCUGCGGCGCUCUCUGGGGGAGCUCCCGAGUGCAUGGUUCCCACACUUCUGCUCCUCCCCCUGCCCCGGGACACAUUCCCACACUCGUGCGUCACAGACCGUGCAUUCCUCCCAUGAGCGGGGCCCGUGCCGGAGGAGCUGCUCGUCCCGGUGGAGCCGAGGAGCGCCCACGCAUGUGAUCCUUUGGCACCGGCCGUCACGUGCAGCAAGACUCGUGUUUCCAGCGCGGCGAGGUCCUGGAGGCGCAUCCCGCUGAACGCCUUCCAUGAGCGGCGACGUGGAGGGCAGUCUGGGCACUGUGUAGGGCGGCACAAUACUCGCGAUGCUGACCCAACUGGAGCUCCUGGGCGCCGCGGGAGGCCUUGGGGUGGACGAGGACAGCAGCAUGUCGGGCUCUCCGCUGGACGGCCUGGCGGAGUACCCAAUGGAGCAGACCGAGUUCCAGUACUUCGAGACCAGCUUGGGCAGUGACUCUUACUACGACGGGACGCAGCACCAGGACCUGCAACAGAGCCUGGCCGACGCGCCCGACCUCACCAGCCCCUCCAUGUGCGACAUCCCCGCGGGCGACGAAAACAUCCUCAUCUACGACCAGGAGAACAUUCCGAGCUUCACCGCCGAGGACUUGAAGUUCACCGAAGACAUCAAGCCUUACGAAGAUGGACUACAGCCCGGCGUCAACGAGCUCAAGUUCGAGGAUGACAUGCAGAGCUACGAGACCUUUGCGGAGGACCUCUACGACAGCGGCUUGGGUGACCACACGGGGACUGACGACGACUUUGGCUUCGGUAACUUGUAUGAGACACUGGACCCCGAGCACCACAUCCCCAGCCCUGAGGAGCCGACAACCAACGUCUGGAGCGAGGCGUCUGUCACCAGCACCAAGGGGAAGAUUGGACCCCUGCAGCGGCGUGCCCUCGACUCCAUCUUCCGGGUGACAGAGAAGCCGUCCCGUGGGCUGGUGCUGCACAUCGCCUCAGAGCUCGGCCUCCACCACCUCGCUGUGAAGAACUUUUUCUCCAACGGGCGGCGGCGGCUGAGGCGAGCGGCGGCCAGGCUCAAUGACCCAGAGAGAACCAAACGGGAGAACGAACGGCGGAAGGAGAAGCGACGAUUGGCAGCUCAGGCAUCUGCAGCCAAUGGCGGUGGGGAAGGCAAGGGUGGGCCAGGGUCCUCCGGAGGCUCAAAGACCUCGUCGCCUCGGUCUUUACCGGCAGACUCUCCGCCGCCACGGGAGGCACCCAUUGUGUCGCCAGAGAGGAAGGCCCUGAUGGAGAAGCUGGCAGACAAAGUGCAGCGGAGCGUGGCGCAGCGUUCUCUGGCAGCAGACCUGGAGUAUGCAUCUUCCAGAACUACCCAGCAGCCUGCCCAUGCCCCUCACCCCACUCAGACCCAGCACACCGUCCUGCCCCACACCCACCCGCCCACCCAGCCACUGCUGCUACAGUCCACACAGAACACCAUCACUCAGAAUGACAUCCUCUCGCAGGCGUCCCACGACCUGUUGUCUCAAGCCCCACCCGACCUCCUGACGCAGUCCCCACAUGACCUGCUGGUUCAGUCCCCUCACGACUUUCUGGGUCCGUCCCCGGCAUCCUCGUCCCUGCUCCAGCCCCCCACCGACCCGUGGGAUCUCCUUUAACACAAUGUUUCAGUGCCUCACUCACCAGAAAGUAUUGACAGUCUUUACGUCACAAACUCGCACAAAUAGUUUGGUCUGGGUCCUGCUACGUGUGUACGUCGUGCUCUCCGCCUUCCAGCGCUAAUGACAGCAAGGCCCAGAGGAUGUGUUCCUCAGCAGCCACCAUGCCAUUACUAUGUAGGUGUUGUUCCUUGAUGAGAAUGUGUCUUUGAAACCUGUACUUUACUAAUAGUUUCACGAUUGAACAAAGGGGUGACUUCCUGGGGAAUCUUCACCCAUAGCCGCCUAGCUCCUUAGUUCCCAUGUAAAAACCUUAACCAAGAAUAGUGUUGCUCCACUUGUCUGUGUGUUGCUUCAGUACUUGCUCAAAGUGCCUUAUGAAAAAGCAGUCUUCCAAGUGUUGCCUUCUUUAGGGACGGAAAAAUUGAUGCAUAUCAACAUUUGCUUUAGAAUGGUAGUCUAGAAAUAAUUCAUUGCCAGCAGGAAAUAAUGCUCUGCAUGUGAAACAUUACAUUUUUCCAUGAGAAAGAUACAUUUGAUGCAUGCUUCAACACCAAUUCAAAUCCAGAUGAAACUUUGUAGUUUAUAGAUUGUGGAGUUGGUUCAGUAUUCACAUAAUAUAAUUAAAUUUUCUUUUGUGUAAGAAGUAUUGUUCUGAAUGAGUGUGAGUCAACACUGUCUGUCUUUGCAUCUUACUUUUCUUUGGAUAUUUAUGCACAUUUUAAAUACUAACAAUUGUAAUGUCUCCUUAACUCUCAAAAUCUUUCAAAAUCUAGUUGGAGCAUGUUCUCUGUAGCUACUAUUACGUGCCUUAAAACUGUAGUGGCAGGAGGUCUUCCAGUGUGUGGCAAGACAAUGUUCCCAUGAGUGUCUCAGCAUCCACCAUCUUCAGGGCCUGUCAUAGUGUGUGUGUGUUUCCAAAAGAAAAGUGUCCUAUAUAUGUUACUUGACACAAAUUUAACAUUUGUCAACUAUCCAGGAUUUGACAUGUUAAAGUUAUUUUUCUUAUUCAUGAAGCUGACCUUAAUGGGUGAAUAUUCCCUUUACAACUGAAAAUUGUGCCUUACUAUGCUAUCAGAAACUCCCCCUCCCUGGAAACACUCACUGGCUCUUGGUGUGUCCCCACCUGGCUGGGUGCAGCACUGCCACGCUGCUGCUGAUCCUGCCUAAUGAUUCAAGGACUCAGGUGAUAUUAUACAGCUAGUCAGUCUUGUACACAAAUAAUAAUAACAAUCAUUAUUAUAAUAAUAAUGAUGAUAUUAAUAAUGAGGAGACAUGCAUCCCACUGCCUUAAUCAGAUGUCAUGUUUCUGAGCAAAACAAUAGGAUGAGAUUUUAAAAAAACAUCUUAUGUAAUAUUACAUCCCUCCAUGAUGAAUGUAAUAUGACUACAUCUGUUCAAACUGUAGAUAUACUGUGCAUGAAAAUGCUUGAGAAUGAAGCAAUAAAUAUAGAAUAAUUCA